CCACGGUGUACUAAUCAAAAUUUCACAUUGACCAGCUUGAAUAGUAAAUAAGAUAACGGGUGUUCUUACGUGUAUUUGUUUAUCACCCAUUUGUCUCAUAUUUGGACGCAGCAACAGGCUUGGCUAGCUUGCUACUGUAGCCUAUUUGACAGAACCUGCUGAACAGUUGGCUGGUUACAGCCCAUCUAUAGUUAAAUUUGAAGCAAAGUUUCAUAAGUGGACAAACAGUAGUAUAACAGCUAGUAGGCUUAACUGUUAUAUAUAAUUACAAGCAGUGCAGAAUUAAUUUCUGACCAUUUCAAAUAAUGGAAGAAGGGCUUUCAAGGCGCGAUAUGAUGGAGUUCUGGCAAGAUCAUUCGCAGGAGGCCUCGAUAGAAGAGAUGAUGCUGGACUCCAGUGCACUGCUACUGACGCAGCAUGAGCUUCCUGAGAUAAUGGGCCUGCUGCCAAACCUGCAGGGCACCCGUUUGCUGGAGCUGGGGGCUGGCAUUGGGCGGUACACUCAUCACUUUGCCCAGUAUGCUGACCAUGUGACAGCCGUGGACUUCAUGGAGAAAUUUGUGGAAAAAAACAAGCAGAACAAUGGUCACCACAGAAAUGUAGACUUCAUCCAUUCAGAUGUCACCCAGUUGAAUUUCUCCAAGAACAGUUUUGGCCUUAUCUUCUCAAACUGGCUGAUGAUGUACCUGAACAAUGAGGAGCUGAUUUCCCUUGUAAAGAACAUGCUGCUUUGGCUUCAGCCAGGGGGUUACCUCUUCUUCCGGGAGUCCUGCUUUCACCAAUCAGGAGACAGCAAGAGAGAUUUCAAUCCCACUCAUUACCGUUCGCCAGCUGAAUACAACCAUCUAAUGACGUCUGUCCUGCAGAAGGAGAUGGGGGAAGGAGGGGAGCAAGCUUUCGGUUUCGAAGUAGUCAUGAGUAAAUCAGUGCAGACCUACAUCAAGAUGAAGAAUAAUCAGAACCAGGUGUGUUGGCUGAUGCAGAAGGUCCCACGCAGUGAGUGCCACAAGGGCUUUAACACAUUCCAAGAUUUCCUGGACAACCAACAGUACUCCCGGCGAGGUAUCCUCAGAUAUGAGAAGAUCUUUGGAAAUGGAUAUGUCAGCACAGGAGGACCUAGCACCACCAAGGAGUUUGUAGACCUUCUGAAUUUGUCUCCUGGACAAAUCGUUUUGGAUGUGGGCUGUGGAAUCGGGGGUGGAGACUUCUACAUGGCAAGGGCAUUUGGUGUGAAAGUACUUGGCAUGGAUUUGUCUUCAAAUAUGGUGGAGAUUGCAACUGAGAGAGCCAUGAAGGAGAACCUACCUUCAGUUCAGUUUGAAGUGGGAGAUGCCACCAGGAGGGUCUUCAAAGAAGGGUCUUUUGAUGUGAUAUACAGUAGGGACACUAUACUACACAUUGCUGACAAGCUUAAGCUCUUCAAAAGCUUCUAUUCAUGGUUGAAGCCUGGUGGGAAAGUACUGAUCAGUGACUACUGCUGUGGGGAGAUGCCAUGGUCACCAGAAUUCCAAGAAUAUGUCAAACAAAGGGGGUACAUCCUGUUCACCCCAUCACAAUAUGGGAAGUUCCUGGAACAAGCUGGGUUCUCUCGUGUCCGCGCAGAGGACAGGACCUCACAGUUUAUACAGGGGAUCCGGAUAGAACUGGAGAAGGCAGAGGCGAUACGAGAGGAGUACAUAAAGGAAUUUUCUGAAGAAGACUACAAUGCUAUAGUGACUGGCUGGAACGAGAAACUGCAGCGCUGCACGACAGGAGAUCAGCGCUGGGGGCUGUUCUAUGCUGACCGAGACUAAGGACUCACUCCAUUCGUACAUGAACAUAAAAAAAACACCGUUUGAUAAUUCUGCAGGAUCAGUAAAGCUGGCCGUAUACUCAGUAAGAAGAAAGAACUUCAGGAUUGAGAACCACCAGUGAACACGUCCACGAACACCAUUGUCGGUAUACUCAGUGAGAACACCACACUGUUUAAUGUCACUCUACGCCACUGGGGGGUGCAGAAUAAUUACGAGGCAGCUAUUAACCGGGGCUGGAAUCUCGCCCAGACCUCCGUCUCGCGGCUACGCCAUGGAUGUAUAAAAAGAACGGCUAUGUGAGAUCACAACACAAAACAAAAAGUUUAAAGUGGCUUUAGUUUAUAUAGCUACACAAAAGAAGAAAACAAGCGUGAAUCCACAAUAGCUGCGACCGCAGACACGCACACACCCUCACACAAACACAUGACCGCUUCUUUGACUCAUGACCAAACCUUCCACAAAAUCUUGUGAAAAUCUGUGAAUCCAUUCGGGAGUUAUGCGCCUUUUUGUGAUAGGCCACGCCCAUUGCCACGCCCCCUCUUGGUCAAUCGGCCUUGAAAGUUACUCAGCUCUGCCAUGCCAAAUUCCAGCCUCCUGGGGCGAAAACUGUGGCCACUACGGGGUGGGACACUUUUUUUAAGGACUAACCGACCAACCAACCACCCAACCAACCGACCGGCCGACAGAGCUAUUGCUGUGGUCGCAGUUAAAAAAAGAAGAAGAUGGUACAUUCGCCCUCUAAAUCAGAGUAGGAUGGAGAAUGGAGAGUUUUGUCUGUACAUUCGGCAAAUGCGGAGUUUAGACGAGGGGGUCCACUUCUCUUAUUUCCGAAUGAGUGCUAGACAUUUUGAUGACUUGCUAAAACGAGUAGUACCAUUCAUCAAACAUGCGGGAACUCACAGAAAUCCCAUCUCUACAGAAGAGAGAUUGGCAUUGACUCUCCGUACAUUAGCAUGUGAAGUCUGCCCUCUGAACUCUCAACUGUGACAUAACCAACCAUGUCAUAUUUGGACCAAUAGCUGAGAGGGGGAGGUUGGAGAACAAGAAAGACAUUUUCUAAAAGUUCUCCCUAGCGGCCGUCGCACACUGCACCGUGAGAACACACAACACCACGUCUUUUUGUUCUUCAGUUGUUCUCAUUGCGCCUUUUUGCUCAAAAAGUUCUACUUCUUACUAAGUAUACCGCCUACUUAACCUGAACUGGAUUUCUCAAAUGAAAGCUAAAAUCGAUGUCUUAAAACAGUGGUUCCCAACCUGGGAGGCCCGACCAGGGGGGCGCCGACGUUUCACAGGGGGACACGAGGCCCUCUUGAUUUUAACAGUAAAAAAAAUGGAAUCUGUGGUGGGGAAAAAAUGUAAAAAAUAUAAUGAAGUCAAAGCAAAGUUAAAGGUAGACUCUAGGAGGUGACAUAAUGAGCGGGGCAAAGCCAGAGAUAGUUUAAAAACUGAUGAGAGGCUGCACUGACAGGAAACCCUGUCAUGAGCACAGCAUGUUACAUUUAGAAAUUUGCAUUGCAUGUUGUAUCUUUUUUCAUUCUGUGCAAGAUAAAUUGCUUCCUGGGCAAUAAGUUUAAUUUCAUUCAUUCAGCUAGUUAUCAUUGAUAAUUUAAUAAAUUAAACCACCUUACUAGGUAGCUAGGCUAGUUCAAAAUAGAAAUGAAAAUAGUCUUAGCUAGCCGGCUAGAUGUAGAAGAUUUUUGCUAAAAUGCUAAAAUCAUGUGGAUGUAAAGCUUACCAGAAAAUAGUUGCUUACCUUCAGCUAAUGACAUUGUGCUGAUAUACCCCUGAAUAAAAUCUGUUUUCUUCCACAA